UCUCUUCUCUGCCGUGAACCAGUGGUAAAGACGAGAAAAGAAAGGAAAACAGAAGAAAAGAAAAGAAAAGGGAGAGGAAACCUUCUCUCGCUUAUUUUUCAGAUCAAUCGGACGGAGUGCUGUUGGGAAAAUUUCUGGGCAGAUCUGUUGUUUUGGGGGGCCAACAUUUUUCCGGUUGAUCCAAACGCAUAUACUGAAGAAAGAUGAAUAUAUUCAGAUUAGCAGGGGACAUGACCCAUCUCGCCAGUGUCCUCGUCUUGCUUCUCAAGAUCCACACCAUCAAAUCCUGUGCUGGCGUUUCACUGAAGACGCAAGAGCUCUAUGCUGUUGUUUUUGCUACUCGCUACUUGGAUAUAUUUACCGAUUAUAUCUCAUUUUAUAAUACUGUAAUGAAGUUAAUCUUCUUGGCGAGCUCCUUCUCAAUUGUAUGGUACAUAAGGCAUCACAAGAUUGUCCGCAGAUCUUAUGAUAAGGACCAAGACACCUUUCGACAUUUUUUCCUUCUACUGCCUUGUUUUCUUUUGGCCCUACUAAUAAAUGAGAAGUUCAGCUUCAAAGAGGUAAUGUGGACAUUUUCCUUGUUUUUGGAAGCUGUUGCCAUACUUCCUCAGCUGGUCUUGUUGCAAAGGACAAGAAAUAUUGACAACUUGACAGGGCAAUAUGUCCUGCUCCUUGGUGCAUAUCGAGCAUUGUACAUUUUAAACUGGAUUUAUCGAUACUUCACUGAGCCUCAUUAUAUACAUUGGAUAACUUGGAUAUCAGGGCUUAUUCAGACAUUACUUUAUGCUGAUUUCUUCUACUAUUACUUCCAAAGCUGGAAGAACAAUGUUAAGCUUCAGUUACCAGCUUGAGCUUGUAUUUUGACAAGUUGGCAGGCUAAGGAUUCCAAGAAGCAUGCAAGACUAUGAAUUUUUUGUAUCACAGGUGCUUGGUUUUCUGGUCUUAUCACCCCAUCAUUUUGAGUGCUCUAAUUGGCAUGUUAAGCACAACAUGUGUUGCUGCUACUACUAUUAUUUUUUUCAUCAAGCGGGGUUUUUUUUCACCCCUUAUAUCAGAUGUUUGAUUUACUGUGUAGCCUAGCAGGGAUUUUAGGGUUUUCUUUAUUUGAAAAUUUGGUAUUGGAAGUACAACAAAUUCAUAUGGUUAUGUUGAUUCUCUGUUAAGACUGGUAUUCCUUGUUAUUUGAUACAGAAUUGAUGUAUUGACUUAGAA